UCUCACUCGGCAUCAGUCACCUUCAAACCCAAUCCAGGAAGCAAAGCUACUCCCUCUCCCUCCCAUGGCCAACAGCUGCGCCAGCCUCGACACCAUCUGGUCCCACCUCCCCGCGCCCGCCCCGGCUCCCUGGCCAUACGCCACCUGGUUCUCCCCCGCCGCCGCCGCCUUCGAGAACGACGCGCUCGCCACCGCGCUCGCUCGCGCCUCCGCCUCCGCCUCCGCUUCGCCGUCGUCCCCGACCCCUUCCUCCUCCACCACCACCACCUCCUCCGCGUCCGAGCUGUCCUGCGCCCCGUACGACGCGCCCGCGCUGCCCGCCGUAAGCCGCAGGCCAGGCUCGGCGGCGGCGGCGGCGGCGCGGCACUGCACGGGCCGCGUCUCCAAGCGGAAGCCCCGGGUGUCCCGCCGCCCGCAGACCACGUACAUCACCGCCGACCCGGCCAACUUCCGUCGCAUGGUGCAGGAGAUCACCGGCUACGCCCUUCCCGGCGCGGAGAGAGCCUCCGUCGUGCCAGCGCCGCCCAGGCCGGACCCGCUCGCUUUCGUGCUCCCGACGCUGGACACGUCCGCCUGCUUCUUGCUGGACCAGGACCAGGCGCCCUCGCUGCCGCAGCAGCGUUGGGAGGACAAGACGUCGGGCGGAGCGGCGGCGGCGACAGCAAUGCCCGCGAUGGCGGACGAGUCGUCGCUGCGGCUGAUGCAGGAGCUGGAGGCCAUGGUGAGCGGGCCGCCCGCCGUGUCCUCCUUCCCGACGUUGGAGAGCUGGGGGAUGAUCUGAUGUUCUCAAGGAUUAGUCUUUUUCCUUUUCUUAUGCUAGCGCUUUUAGUGUCUUGUCGGACCUCCUGAUCCCGAUGUGAGGAUCAGAUGGUCGGUAGUGGUCGAUGGUUUAGCUCGAUCAUGGAGGGAGUAGCCUAGAUGCUGUCGUGGGAGACCCUUUUUGUUGAGAUCGUAGCUUCGUAGGAGUUUUGUAAAGUGGAUUAGUGGCGGUCAAUGAUGAUGUUAAUCACUUGUGGUCUAA